GGGCAUGAGUAUAAUUGUUGGCUUAUAUAUGAUUAAAGAAUUUUUGACAUAUAUGAAUAUGUAAAUAUUUACAUCUGUUACGUUGUUGAAAAGCUAUACGAUUGCAGGUUCUAAAUGGAUUACUUUUAUUGCAAGUCAGCGGAGGCUGAAUCGAGAAUAAUGGGCUGUGAGGUGUUCAAGAUGGCGGCGCCCUGUGGAGUGCAGCGACUCUAACAGUGGAGCCUGGAGACUGUAUUGGCCGGAGGCCCAGGGAGCCCUCCAGGCAGGGCAGCAAGACGCUGUGAGAAAGACGACCGGGACGGAGCCCCCCUGCCACCAUCUCCCCCUCCACAGCUGUCACUAUGGCUAGAGAGCAGCCCAACAUAGGGGACCUCCUUCCUCAACUGGAGUCCUCUGACAUACGGCAACUGGAGGAGAUCAAAAGCCUUAUUAAUGAGAACCUCAGCACUGAGCGAGGGUCAGUGCUGCUGAAUGGCCUGGUGGACUACUAUCUGGAGAAUAACUCGGCCCAGGCCAUGCAGAUCCUCUCGUCAGUCAGAGAGCCACAUGACAAGCACCUGCUGGACAAGAUGAAUGACUGUAUGACCAAGCAGACCAGCAGGCUAUCUACCCUGACGCUCCUGGGCCACGUGGUCCGCAAGCAGCCAUCCUGGAUCCACAAGAUGGCCCGUUACCCCCUGCUGCUCUCUCUGCUCAAAUGCCUGAAGACGGAUUCGGACGUAGUUGUCCUCAUAACUGGAGUCCUGGUGUUGAUCACUCUGCUACCCAUGAUACCCCAGGCUGGCAAACAGCACUUGUAUGAGUUCUUUGACAUCUUUGGCCGCCUGGCGUCCUGGAACCUGAAAAACCCAGGCCAUGUCUCCGAGGUGUACCUCAUCCACCUGCACGCCAGCGUCUACUCGCUCUUCCACCGCCUGUACGGCAUGUACCCCUGCAACUUCCUGUCCUACCUGCGUUCCCACUACAGCAUGAAGGAGAAUUUGGACACCUUUGAGGAGGUGGUGAAGCCGAUGCUGGAGCAUGUCCGUAUACACCCCGAACUAGUGACUGGAACUAAGGACCAUGAACUGGAUCCUACUAGAUGGAAGAGGUUUGAGAUCCAUGAUAUCGUCAUAGAAUGUGCCAAAGUGUCUCUGGACCCCAAGGAAGCGUCUUGUGAGGAGGGCUAUGCCACCAUGCCCGACCACCUCUAUCCUCAUCCGCAGCUCCGGUCACAGCACUCUGCUUCCAGCCCCUACGCUGACUUUCAUAGCAGCUACGGAAGCUCCUCUUCGACUCCCUUCUCUACCCCCCGCCAGCCCCUGCCUCCGCCCUUGUCCCUGCCCCCUCUCUCAGGGACUCAGUCUUCCUACCGCAGUCCCCAGGCCUCCAGACGUCAGAACCCUAGCUGUGAACUCCCUUUCUCCUAUGGGGGGAAAGAACUGUGGAGCCCCUCCUCCCUGUGUGGCAUGGCCACGCCCCCUUCCUCCAGAGGCAUCUCACCCAACCCAGAGCUCUCCCACAGUGCCUCUUUCCUUCCAGGCCACCGCCUCCACAGCGCAUCAGGUGGGAAAGGAACGCCUGCCUCCAGCACUCCUGCCACCUCCUCCCCGCCCCCCACCCUCUCUGAUGACUUCCCCAUCGCCUCCCUGCCCUCCAACGCCACCAGUCUACCACAGAAGGAUGGCCUCCAUGUCGAAGCCUUCAAACCGGCCCUGGUAAGGCAGGACCCCAUCAGAGAUCCUGAGAAAGGCGGAGAGAUCAUCGUCAUCAACAACAGAGAUUUAGGUAGCAGGGAGUGUGUUUCCAUGACGCUGACAGAGCUGUCAGUUUUCAUGCAGGAACAGGAACUUCAAAUGAGGACAGAGAAGGAGAGGGAAGAGGCUGCCAUCACAGAGGAGCUCCUGAAGAUAACUGAGGACAAGCGGGACUUGGCCGGCCUGAGGGGCUUCGACUCCCCUUUCUUCCACACCACGGAGACCCUGACAGGUACCCAGGGCAAACCCCUGGCCGGCCUGGCCCUGGGAGGCCCCAUGCUGCCCCGGGAGCCCCACCAUUCAGUGUCCACUCCGGACAGGGCCCUGGAGAAGGCGCAGGGGCAAAAUGGAGAUGGGGACGGUAGUAGAUCCUCUCCCCAGGAGCAGUCCUGGUCUUUCCAACCCGUGUGUCCUUUCAGCCCCAUUGAACACCCCCUCCAUCAGAGCCCGUCUGCCCCGGAAGACGAGGUAGCCAAGGUCAGUGACCUGUUCUCCCCCAGCCCCUCCAUGAAGAACCCAUCCCUGCCCUACGAGGCCCUGUUCGACCUGGCCCUUCCCCGGGCCGCAUCCCUCUUCAUUGGGAGGAGGACCUCCGAGGCCCUGGGCAGGGCUCCUCAGAGCGACGGUCUGGAGGAUGGAGAGGAGCAGCUGGGUGAGGGGAGGGUGUCGGCUUCUCCCCUGGAGGUGCUGGAUCGCCUCGUUCAGCAGGGGAGCGACGCCCACGACAAGGUGCUCAAGAGAUUACCUUUGCCCAGCAAGUCAGCUGACUGGACACAUUUUGGAGGUAAACAACUACAACCAGAUCACAGAUGCUCGGCUCCGCUGGACGAGUUGCACACGUUACGUAGCCAGCUCCUCCUGCUGCACAACCAGCUGCUCUACGAGCGCUACAAGAGAGAGCAGCACGCCGUCCGCAAUCGUCGUCUGCUGCGCCGUGUCAUCAACGCCACCGCGCUGGAGGAGCACAACAACGCCAUGAAGGACCAGCUGAGCCUGCAGGCUGUGGACAUGGUGUCACUGAGGGAGAGCCUACGGGUUGAGCAGCAGCGCUACAGACAGCUGUGGGAGGACCGGGAGACCGUGGUCACCAGACUUCACAGCCAGAUCCGCCAGCUCCAGCAGGGCCGGGACGAGUACUACACCAAGAACCAGGGCCUGCAGAGUAAGUUGAACGAGUACCAGAAGAGGAUGAACGAGCUGGAGGCAGAUCUACAGAGGGCCAACAACAAAGUGUGUCACACAGGACACCUCCUCAACCAGAUGACCGUCAAGCUGAGCACCAGUGAGAGCACCCAGCAGCAGAUGAGCUUCCUGAACAAGCAGCUGCUCCUCCUGGGCGAGGCCCACAAGCUGGCCCUUCAGCAGCCGCAGCCAGCGGGCUCCAACGGGGCCGCGGAAGCCCAGAUGGUGCAGGCGUCCUGGGGGAAGGAGGCGGAGAGGCUGAGGCAGAGCCUGCUCCUGCAGGGCCAGAAGCUGGAGGCGGCCCAGCAGAGGGUGGGGGAGCUGGACAUACAGCUCACCAAGAAGGAGCACCUCAUCGCCGAGCAGAAGAAGUUCCUGGAAGACGUCAAGGGCCAGGCCAAGGGCGAGCUGCAAGCAUCAGAGAGCAGGUACCAGGCCCAGAGGAGGGUGACCCAGCUCCUCCAGAAGGAGCUGCUGCAGCUCUACAGCAGACUGGAGAUAGAGAGGCCGGCCUGCUGUACCACAGCCUCAGCAGCAGGGGGCAGCACUAGCGAUUCUGGCCAUCCUAUAGACUCCAGCAUAAUGGAGCCCGAUGUCCUGGUCCCGUUGAGGACUGACGUGUGGUCAGAUGGUGGCGGGCGGGGCAACGGCAGCACUUUAUCGCCGUGGCAACCAAAGGCGAACCACCCCCCCGCCUCGCCCUCCUCCAACUCCGUCAACGGCACCGAGGACGUCCCCCCGCCUCUCCACGCUCCCCCGGCCCCGCCGCCGCCGCCCCACGACACCGCCCCCCUCACCGUCGGCUCCUACCCCAGUGCCAAGAGCUUCCUGGGCAUGAGGGCGCGAGAGCUGUUCCGGAACAAGAGCGAGAGCCAGUGUGACGAGGAGCCGCCCCGUCUAGCUGGCCUCUCACAGGGCCUGAAGACUGAGCUGUGUGUGGAGCCCCUGUGGCCCACGCCGGGGGAGGCUCCGUGUCCUGCCUCAGACCCUGUCCUGACUGUAACCCCCGCCGCUGUCUCUAAACCGCCUCCCCCUGUCUGUGUGCCCGCCAAGGAGCACCCACCUGACACCAGACCCAGGGCUACCAAGCUGGACGUCCCCCGGAGGAAGAUGGGAGGAGCCAGGGGAGGGGCUGGGCCGACGGCCGGCGCGGCGCGACCCAGACAGCAACAGCAACUAAGGAUCAUGGACUAUAAUGACAUGCAUCAGGAUCGCAGUUAAGAGACAGCGAACCUGGAUGCCCCACAGGAGGCCAGAGAGAGCUACAAGCAGUAGAGGAGUAAAGAGUUUCACAAAGCUCUUUUUAAAUUCAGUGUUAUUUGUCCCGAUCCCUGAAGUGGAGAACAGGAUUUCAACCACAGAUUGAUUUACUCCCCUAUCAAAUAUAAAGGAGGGAAUUAAAGAAAAAAGGAAGGAGGGAAAGAUGGAAGGUCGGCUGGUUGAAAUAAUGUUACAAUAUAGCAGCAGAAACCUCAGUAACUCUGUCAGGUUUUGUUCCGAUUAGACAGAAUAGACAGCCUAUUUCCCAAUUAGUUUAUUGAAGUUAUGUAAUACAACAAGAAGUGCAGUAAAGAAGUAUAAAACACUAAGACGUGGUGCGGGUGAAGGGCAUGGUUUUGGUUGGUUACCCAUUGCACCUGUACUGUUGUGUGAGGGAGGUUGAUGGAGGAUGGUGGGGUCAUAGAGUUAUGUAGAGGUGGCAAUGUUGUUUCUGUCUCUCUAUGGCAUCUGUAAAUGCACAAAUAGCACCAUUACGGUCAUCUCAAUGUUGGUAGUUCAUGUUUUUCUGUCACCUCUAUUGACUUGGAUGGAAUUAGUUGAAUAUUUUUUAACCCAUAAGAAGCCCCCCCCCCACCCCCACCCACCCUGCCCACCCCGAUUUAACUACUUAAAGAAGGUGAAGGUCCCCACACACCUCUGCUGUGUUUAGGGGAGGAACCUGGGGGUUUGACUGUUGCAUUGUAGAUGCAUUAUAGGAAGAGGACUGCGUUUCCAUGCUGAUUUCAAUACCCUCCUGACAGAAAAUGACCAUAUGUGUGUGUGCUGAAGUCAAAGAAAGGGAGAGAAUGGGAGAAAGUGCGUGUAUGUGUUUGUACAGAGAAUGUGAGCGUAUGUAUGCAUGCAGAAGUAGGAUUUUGAAGUUGCAAUAAGAAAAAUUGAUAAAUGUAGAACUGAGCUAUUUAAAAACAAAUUAGAUGAAUAUUAUUAUUAUAUUAUGAUCACUAUUCUCCAUGAUGUCCUAAAAGAAGAAUUUUCUGAAUUCGUAUAUACAUUCCUGUUAGUAUUGAUGAUGAAUGUUACCGAAACUGCAACAUGUAUUCCAGAAACAACAUGUUUUAUCUGGAAUAUUUUGACAUGACCACAGCAGCGUUUGUUAUAAACAACGGGUAGCCUUACUGAAGGUAUCUACAAGCUUCUGCAACGAAUGUUGCACAUUAUUAGCUUAUCUUGAGUUUGUCAGAGUCAUGCUUUUUAAAUUCCGACAAUUCGUUUGCAAUCCAUCUGACAAAAGUCUUUUCUUUUCAAGUUACAGAAAACGUACCAAAAUACAUUUUGGAGAGUGCCAAACAUUUUAAUCAGAUAGUGAAUGCAGCCCUUUUAAAAUGACACGUUGACCUCACCAACUGAUCCUGUUCUGGUUAAUGUUACAGGCUUGUGUGUGUCAAUGGGUGAGGCCUAUUGAAGGUUUACAUGUCAUUCUCUGUUGUCAUAGUGAGUGUGGAGAGAAAAUGGCUUAUUAUUCUCCUUCCUUACUGACCUGUGGCAGUCACACUUGCCUCUUUUCACAAAAAUGUGGGAGAAUUUUACUUUGCUGUGAAAAUAUUAAGUUGGGUUCUUCCGUGUUUUUCAGUGGUCAUAAAUCCUGUUUUCCACUGGGAACUUCAGCUGUCAUUCCCUUUGCCUUGCUAUCUAUAGCAUGUUCAACAAUCCACGUUAAUGCCAACAGUAUAGUAGGAACUACAACAAACCAAGAUGGAAGGUACAAUCAAGCGUGGACUGAAAAGAAUGCUUGAACUACUUUUGGAGCUGGAGAUUUUGAAAACGGCAAAAAAGUACUUUGAAGCAGUUCCUUGUGUUUAACUGUGAACAAUAAUAAAAAUGUCUUUAAUGUUUUGCACUACA